UGUUUGAAAAUCUGAUUUCAACAUUUAACUAACGAUUGAAGUGAAUUAGUCGUAUAUAGUAUUGCAUUAUUAAAUGAAAUAUCACGUCGAGUGUUUUCCUGAGAUUAUCUGCUGAAAUUAUGAUACACCAGAACAACGCCGUUACAUUGCAACGGAUCGAAGAAGGCGCUGACAAUUUGAUGCAUGAAAAUCAAGAUAUACACGAUAUCACAAUACACGAUAAGGUUAUAGUUGAUACGAUUAACGAUUCGUCUAAUACGGAAACCAAAUUAUAUGACAAAGUUAUAAUUGAAAAACAACAAGCAACUAAUGAAGGCUAUCACAGUAAAUUAGGUAAUAAUUUGCAAUGCCUUGGGAAAAAUCACGUACAAUUACCGGAGACCCAAAAUAUUUCAGAAGUAUUGGAUAAAAAUCGGAAAUGUGUUAUAAAGCCAAAGAGAAAUCAAAAUUUUUUAUGUACCAAAGAAAAUAUUAAUGAAUCAGAGGAGUACUCUUGUAAUAUUCCUUUUAAAUGUGACAACUGCUUCGAUUGUAGUAACAAGAAAUGGGAACCAAAAUUAAAAUAUAAAAAACAAAAGAAAAGACGUGCCCGUGUAAAUAAAGAUUUAUUUGAUCAGGAUAAAUGCACAUGUUAUGAAACAACUUCAUCAUCAAAUUCAGAAACAUUGUGUGAAUGUCAACAGCAGUUAAAUGAUAGUAGUUACACUAAGAAUAAUGCUGAUAUUCCGCCGUCAAAUUAUGCAAAUGAUAAUGAAACUGUAUACAGCAAUACAUCCAGAUUUACCUGCUUUUGCAGCAAAAAUGAAUCGCAUGAAGAUUUAUCGUCUACAUCUGAUAAUGAUGAUACGAAUACAAAAAAAUUUCGAGGAGACGUUGACGCUAUUCAUGUAAAAGCUAAGUUCUUAGAUGUAGAGAAAAAGUGCAAACUACAAAAUAAAAAACUAAUUAUGGACCACUUAAAGUUUGUUAAAGUUGAUGAACUUCGAGAAGGCUUGCAACGUUUGCAAAUUCGUAAUCGUAAUCUAAAAAACUUGUUAUAUAAUUUAAAAGAUCCACUAAAUGUAAUGAACAAGUCAUCGGAAAUAACUAGUUUAUGUACCACAGUCUCAAGUAGUUAUGUCCUUGAUUUGAAUAAUCAAACGCAUAGUAAUCUGAUAACAGUUAUAAAAGUCUUGGAAAAUAAGUGUCGAAAUAAGGAUACCAUUAUUGCUACUCUCGCUAAUGAAUUACGAACUAUCAACGAUGCCAAAUUAUGUUUUAAGUCAAAAACCGAGGAAGCUUGGACGAAUAUAACUCAUAAUACCGAAAUGAACAAAAAAUUCAAAACAAAGGAUUCUAUUUUUGGUUUUAUAUUCUUAACUAUGAUUCUUCUUUCUUAUGUAAAAGUUUCCGAUAUUGCAUUUUAUCUUCAGCUAUUCAAGAAGAAUUUGUUGCAGAUGGUUUGUCAUAUGUUUUUGUUUAUUAAGAAGUCAGAAAAAUUCUUUCCAGAUCUUUUAUUAAAUUAUGAAAAAUUAAUUCAAUACUCUAUUUUAGUAUUUUUUAUUGGAAAUCAUCAUUACAUAGCAUUUAUAUCAAGUGUAAUUGUUUCGAUAGUUUUUGUUAUAAAAUUGAGAAAUAGAAUAUUGACUAAAUUCAAAAUUUCUAAUUCUGCAUCACCUAAAAAAUUCUUCAAUUUAUAUGAACCGAUAAAGUCUGCUACGAAUAAAUGUUUGAGGAUUUUGUGCGAUCAAGUAUUGUGUUCAAGAAUGUUUUGGUUUAUUAUGGGCUUUUAUACGCAUACAUUAUGGAAUAUUGUUCAACAAGAUUUAACAAAAUUAAUUGAUCUUUUCAUUAUUUAUUAUACUGAAACAAUGCAAAUAAUGACGCAAGAAAUUGUACAAGAUAAUUCAGAGGAGCCAAGCAAAUAA